AUGAAUCCGUUGAAGCUCAACACCACUUCGGUGUCAUUGGCCGUCACACCAACCGUCGUAUCCACCCUCUUCUCGCAUUUCCUCAACCGCAAAACAUCAAAGCAGCGACCCGACGCUCAUUUGUCCUAUGACGAGGGCCUGCACCUCGUCCGAACUUUCCUCGAAUUCGCAUCCCAGCAUACCGUCGAGGAACUGCAAGCGUUCACGGCACAAUGGGUUCCUCACCCUCAAUGGGUCAAGGUCGAGGACGUUACGAUCCCCGAAGACCAGAUUGAGAGAUCCUCCGAACUGAUCGAGGGACAAUUGGGGCCCACAGGCGUGAGGGCGGUCGGAGGACGGAAAUGGUGGAGAUGGCGGAAGACGCAGAGCCCGCUUAAGGCCGAGUGGAUCGAGAUGCGAGCCGACUACAACGAACGGAAGAAGAACGGCGGCGCAACCAGGAGGGUGAUGCUCUACGUUCAUGGAGGGGCAUACUUCUUUGGCAGCGUCGAUGAGCACCGAUACCAGAUGCAGCGGCAUGCCCGCAAACUGAAGGCUAGAGUGUUUGCACCGCGUUAUCGACUGGCGCCGCAGUUCCCCUUUCCCUGCGGCUUGCAAGACUGUUUGGCGGCUUAUCUCUACCUGCUUACUGUUCAAGAUCCUACCACUAUCGUGCUGGCCGGUGACUCAGCGGGUGGUGGGAUGGUCUUGUCAAUUCUGUGCCUCUUAAGAGAUCAGGGCAUCCCGCUUCCGGCCGGAGCAGUACUCAUCAGCCCAUGGGUAGAUCUCACCCACUCGUUUCCAAGUGUCUCUGGCAACAACGAGCUCGACUACAUUUCGUCUUCUGGCUUCCAUCACAAGCCAUCCAGAGCUUGGCCGCCUCCGAACGAGGACGAUAUGGAGAUGAUGAGAGUACAAGCUAUCAAAGUACGAGCGGGUAAAGAGAAGAGUGCCACGAAACUCAACACCCUGGAGAAUAAGCAGGCUGCACCAAUUACGCUGAACGGAGGCGGUGGAACCGCAGAGGAUAACCCUGAACCUUCGGACGCGGCAGAUCCCCGUAAGACAGCAUUGCAGAUCUCUGUGACUAUCAAUGGCGACCUCAUCACUGUCAAGGAUCAGAUUCAAUUGUACACGACAAAUGCGCUGCUAUCGCACCCGCUGGUUAGCCCUAUUAUGCAGCCAACGCUUGGUGGUCUUCCGCCAUUAUUGAUCAUGGUAGGAGGUGGCGAAAUCCUCCGCGACGAACAGAUCUACCUUGCCCACAAAUGCGCCAACCCGGCCAAAUAUCCACCUCCCAGUAUGGACGAAGCAGGCCUGGCACAGUUACAGCAGUACAAGCCCACAGAUGUACAGCUUCAGGUUUGGGAUGACCUUUGUCACGUAGCUCCGACUCUCAGUUUCACCCGACCCGCCAAACACAUGUAUCGAGCGGCUGCACAGUUUGGCGCCUGGGCCCUUGCAAGGGCUCAACAGACAGAAAUUGAGGCCACGGAUAGCAAUGAUGAUAUAUCCGAUAUUUCAAGUUCAGCCUCUGAUGCGGAUAAUGCUCAGCCGGAACAGACAGAAGAAUCUACUCCAAAACAGGUCAAUAAGGUAGGCAAAGCUGGCAUGCCACUGCCGCCGUUCAAAAAGCAUAUGAUCCGACAAAGGAUUACCACUCAUGGCGUCAUCCAUGACCUUGCUCCUGAGUCGGAACUGCCGGGCUGUGUCAUGAAGCCAGAAGAGGUCGGUGUUGUUAAGGGAACACCGGUGAGGAGGUGGCUUGACACCAAGGCUCAGUUCGAUAAGAAAUUUUCGACUGCCAAAGCAAAGGUGCACAAAGCCAUUAUUAAAGAACUCGCGGAUGGCUACGUAGACUUUGGUGAUGGCGAAAAGCCGCCACCCACUGCUCUGGCGGGGCGGAGGAAAGCAUCGGAAGAGUUGGUGGACAGGAAGAAGACGAAGAGCAUCGGCUUGUCAUUGUGGUCACUUUGGGGUUCAAAGCAUGACGAGACGACAAUGGGAAGGGAGAAGAAGGCAGACUCCAAUGCAAAGACGUCCGCUCCAGAGGUUUUGCCAAGAGGUGGUGAGGGAGCGAGAUCGUUCCAAGACGUUGAGAACCAGGAGCCGGUGCCGGCUGCAUCGGUUGGAGGAAAGAGGCAAAAUGUCGUGGACGAAAAACAUGCAUCGCAAGUAUCCGGCUCCCAGGUUCAAGAGUCUCGGAUCACGGCGAUAGAUGACACUCCGGUGGCUGCUCUCAUCGAGAUGAGAAAAGAGCAAGAAAAGAAAAACGAAGAAGCUGCCAGUGCUGCCGGUCGCCUGACUCCCGACUUCGUGCCUGGGACUGGUGUCGCCGGCAAGCGGCCUUUUCUCGAUGGCAUCGCCUUACCUUUCAGCCUGGGCAAGAAGGACGCAGACACGGCGAGCAUGAUGACGCUCAUGUCUGGAGAUGGCAGUCGACCGAUCAGCCCCAUGCCGUCUGUCGGCCCAGCGGAUGACUCCGACCUCAACGAGAUAUCAGUCUCCGAGGCCACCACUCAGGUCACCGAGGCUGAGCACACUCGGCCCCAGCUUGACAACUUCGUCACGGCGGCGGAGGACCUCCCCCUUGCGAAGGGCAAGGGCAAGGAGAAGGAGAUUGCCAGUGGGGAUUUUGGGCAGACCGCGUAG